UGAAAAUCUUUCUGUACAGGUAAAUUUGAAUUUAUGUGAAUAAAAUUUAGUUUAAUCGUUCUGUCAUGUAAUGGAAAAACUGGCCAAUCGAAAAGAAAAAUUGAGCGAAUUUUUGAGUAGAAAUGGACGUAUCAACAUUAGAAGCCGAGCAGGCAUCUAUCGAGCAAGAUAUCUUGAAACUCCAGCUGCACUCGGUGCCGUUGAACCUUAAUUGGGGAGAAGAAGAGGAAGAAGACGAUGACUAUGAAGACGAAACCUCAUAUUUAUUAUCCGCAUUCGAUGACCCGGAUCAACCUUCGACCUCAGGGUUAAACAAUUAUCCAGGAAGUAGCAACAAUAAUGCAGGAAGUAACAACAAUAAUGCAGAUGUCCCAUCAACAAGUAAAGCUUCUGAAGAAAUAAACGAAACAUCCCAUGCUGCUCUCGAUUCAGAAGACGAUGAUGAAAUUGAAUAUGACCAGACUGAACCUCAGGAAGAACUCAUUGACCUGUCUGCCGAUCUAGAAGCAAAUCCAACAAAUUUAUUGAAGCUGAACAUUGCAUAUCAAGAAGUUAUUUUGCAACAAUUGCAUUUGAUUGAUGAAUUAUUGAAUCAUAAUAAAUGCAAACAGGCUGAUCUGGAAACAAAACUUAACGAUACUUACUUUGAUUCUGGGAAAGCUCAAGCUAGGGCUGACCUUGGACUUUCGACCGGGCAAUAUUUCAAGAUACAUUUGAGCACAAAUAGUAACUCUGUAAUAGUGCCAAUGAACUUGCACACUGAUGUUCUCCGACUUCGUGAGGAGGUCGGCCCUCAUUUUGUCGAGAAUCCGAUGCCAGCAAAAAAAUGGACUAAAGACGAGGAGAAACGCCUGAAGACUGGAGUACAAAGAGUUGCGCUUCGGAAGAUAACCGAACCGUUACUAUCUCAACUCGAAUACUUAGAAGAAAAAUACGCCAAGUCGGAAGAUUUUGAAAAUACGAAAAGAAAAAUUAAAGAAGUUAAACAAAAAAUAUCGGACGCAAAAGACACUAAACCGUUUGUUUUAUACGGAGAACGGUCACAAGAACAUGACUGGGAUACAAUAGCUAAUGUUGAUGUGGGGGGAGAACGCGGAGCAAUCGAUGUUGCCCUUUACUGGAAGAACCAAUUACAUCCACAUAUCAACCAUGAUUCGUGGAAAGGACCUGAAGACGAAAAAUUGAAGAAAUUGGUUAAAAAAUAUAAAGAAACUAAUUGGAUAGGUGUCGCAAAUGAGCUAGGAACAGGAAGGACAGCAUUGCAAUGUAUUCAAAGGUAUCAAAGAAACAAUAUUGAUCAUAAAUCGAAGCCAUGGACACCUGAAGACGACGAAAAACUAACAAAACUGGUUCAAAAGUACCGAUGUGGAAAUGUGAUUCCCUAUAGUGCUCUUGCCUUGAAACUGGGUGGAAGAACCAAUAGUCAGGUUUGCCAUCGGUGGACUAAAGUUUUGGAUCCUGCUUAUAUCAGAACAAAAUGGACGCCGGAUGAAGAUAUUUUAUUGUUGAAGGCGAUAGCGAAGUUUGGUACCAAGUGGUCAAUAAUUCGUGACUCUGGCACUGUACCGGGACGUAACGAUUCCCAAUGCAGGGAGAGAUACGAUAAUGUACUGAAAAAUAUCAAUAGAGGACCUUGGACUGCUGAAGAAGACAAAAUUAUUCAAGAUAUGAUUAAAAAACAUGGCGAAGGGCAAUGGUCUAUGGUUGCUCAUGCUCUUGAUCGAAGGACGGACAAUCAGGUUUUCAAUCGUUGGAAAUACAUUAAAAAGUGUUUAAAAUCUGGUUCCACGAUGAAAUACAAGAAAGCUGGACCAAAAACUGUGGCAGAAGGGCUUGCGACCGUCCGCCAGAAAUUAGUCGACACUAUCGAAAUGCAGAUCAGGAAAAGUAAAGCUGAAGCUGCCAAAAUGCCAAUAGAACCUACUGAACCAAUAGAUGAAGAUAUGAGUCUCAUGCUUGCUGAUGAGAGCCAACUACCUACUGUCUCUACGAAGUCGAAGAAAAUAGACAUUGGUAACAAAGUUAGUUUAUUUCAACCUCUGGAAGCAGAUUUACAAGAAAAAUUAGAAAACGUCAAAAAGCCGGAAGAUAUGGUGAACCUAUACCACAGACUCAGCGCUAAAAUAAAACGACGAGUGGUUUCCAAAUCAGUUUGGGUCAGGACGGAUAAGAUCAUCAACCAGAAAGUUUUAAAAACAAUCGACAAACAUUGUAAGCCGUUCAAAUAUGAAGCAGAAAUAAAUGGAACAAAUAUUAAUGCCAUUCGACAAAAAGUUCUCUCUACUUUAAAGAAAAUCAAUGCCAAAGUCAUGUUUAUACAUUAUGUGAAAGCAAUGAAUAUCAACGCAGAGAAAACAUUGCAAGCAAUCAAAGACCAGGGAACACCAGUCAGCCCUACUAGAAGAAGUAAAAGAAAAUCUCUGAAUAGCAAAACGCCACCUAAAGCGGAUGAAGCAGAAGCGAAUAAUAACAACACCGCAACAGAUACCAGCAAUUCUACCACUGUCGAUGAUAAGCCAGCACCGAAUGCUGCUUCGUCAACCUUCACGAGAAAUCAUUUUCUACCUCUGUGUGCGCCGAACCGUGCAACUUUGUUCGCAUAUCGUAAAUUAGUCAAUGAUCGGGAAAGACGAGUUAAAACUGCCAAACUAAUGCUCAUUGAGAAAAACGAUAAAAGCAAAGGAAAACAGAAUGGUCAUGGUACUAAAGAGGAUCUUGAUCCAAACGGACCACUUGCUUUGACUAAUGGAGCAAUUUAUGACGGGAAAAAAUAUAAGCCCGAAGAUUUAAUGAAAAAUAUUCAGUUGAUGCCAGAACACAGAAUUCUUCGAUCAAGAUUUGUAUCGAUGUUUGCGUGGCCUACUGUUCUGUCUACUCUUGUACCGUUUGAAAGAUACGGAUAUCUUAGAUCAAUGAGACCAGCAGUUAGAGUGAGACCAAGAAACAAUCGACAGCAAUAUCCGAAUCUAGAACACAACGAUGAAGAAUCAGAGGACAAUGAGGAGCAACCAGCAGCCAAACGACAAAAAAUAAGCGACACUUUAUACAACAAACAAAUGUUGUGAAGUGAUUGUUGUUUUCGUACGGUGUCUUCGCUCUAAACUAGCCAGGUCAAAUUGCUAUUUUCAUGGACAGCACCUCGUUAUUGCUAAGGUCAUACGCUCGAACAAAUUUGAGAAAUAAUAAGUAUUUAAUUGAAAAAAUAUGGUACAAAGCUGUAGACGAGCAAUUACUGAAUGCGAAUAUCUGUAGAAUUAAAAAACUAUGGAAAAUAGGAUAAGUUUUAAGGAUCUUACGAAUUCUUGUACCGGUUAUCCAAGUCAUCUCAAGCAUAUUGUCAUUGCCAAAUUUGCAGUGAGAAUAUUGUAGGAAAAAAAUGGGAUAUUCUCGAAAAUGUCAAAACACUGAAUUUACAGAAAAUUUCUUAUUUGUUUGAAAUCGGUUAGUUGGUGAAAUGAUUUGCUCGAUGAAAGUGGUGUUUGAUUUUAGCGUUGUUUUGAUUUCUUUGGUCUAAAAUGUUUGAUUGAAUAUGUCCUACCUACAAUUCUCCUAUUUCGCAAGUUGCUCUUACUCCUAUCAUGGCUUUACACAGCCAAUCCUUGAUAUGCAGGGCUCAUAUUGUGGAGUGCGUUUGAUUCAUCUGUUUUUUUCAUUCUUUUCAUUUAUCUUGUCUAAAGUGAAACGACGUUUCUGUGCAAACUAGUAUUUCUUUUCUUCCUUUUCACACUGCCGAUUCCUUGGUUUCAUUUAGUUUAUAAAUUAAGCAUUCACAAAACAUUUA